AAAGGACGACAGUGAUGCAUUCUUGUGGACUCUCUUGACUGCCCCUCUUCGUUUCCAUUCUCCCUCCUGGCAUGGCAUGCGGAGUGCCAUCCACAAUUGGUCGUUGCCAUUGAUCCCGACAUCAUUUGAAGCAAUGCCUCGACCACCCGAAGAUGGGGUCAGUUCGGAAUGAUAAACAUCUUUCUUCCUCAGCAGUUUGAGAUCUCUAAUUUAUCCUUCUUGAAACAUAGUGCGCUUUUCUCUGGGUGAAUCUCUUCUUGUCUGUUUGCAACCUCGAGUCCUGCAGAAUCCCAGACUUGCUCUUUGUUCCUGACCUGUGGUGCUUCCAUUCCCCCGAGGCCUAGUAUAUCGCGUGUCCUAUCUUCUGCCUUCCCUGAACCUUCUUGUGCUCCAAUCUCGUCAACAUGGCGGCCAACGGCAAUGGCGAGUCCAACGGCUACACCACCGGUACAGGCCAGGAGAAAAUCAACACUGAAAUCAUCACCCUUACACGCUUCUUGACCGAAGAACAGACAAAGCACAAGGAAGCUACUGGUGACUUUACACUGCUAUGCCACGCCCUCCAGUUCUCCUUCAAGUCCAUCGCCUACUACAUCCGUCGAGCCACGCUGAUCAACCUGACCGGUCUGGCCGGCUCCUCCAACACCACCGGUGAUGACCAGAAGAAACUCGACGUGAUCGGAAACGAUCUGUUCAUCGCGGCCAUGCGAGGAUCUGGACGCUGCAGAGCACUCGUUUCGGAAGAGGAAGAGGAGAUCAUAUACUUCGACGAGAGUCCCGGUGCGAGAUAUGUAGUUGCUUGUGAUCCGAUUGAUGGCUCGAGCAACCUUGACGCAGGCGUCAGCGUGGGCACGAUCUUUGGAAUCAUGAAGUUGCCAGAGGGGGUGGCAGGCAAACCUAAGCCCGAGGACUUGUUGAUGCCGGGCACCGAAUUGAUUGCUGCUGGAUUCACCAUGUACGGCGCCUCGGCACAGCUCGUCAUCACCAUGAAAGGCGGCACUGUGAAUGGUUUCACUCUGGACAAUGCCCUAGGUGAAUUCAUCCUCACGCAUCCGAACAUGCGCAUCCCCAAGAAACGCGCCAUCUACAGUGUCAACGAAGGUAACAGCCUGUACUGGGACGACAAGACGAAAGGAUACUUCGAGUCGCUUAAGUACCCGGCCAAAGAAGGCGGCAAGCCCUAUUCAGCACGAUACAUCGGGUCCAUGGUAGCGGAUGCGUACCGCACGUUGUUGUACGGCGGUAUCUUCGCGUAUCCUGCCGACAAGAAGAGUCCGAAGGGCAAAUUGAGGAUUCUGUACGAGUGUGCGCCCAUGGCUAUGGUCAUGGAGAACGCAGGUGGAAAGGCUGUGGAUUCGAAGAUGGAGAGAAUGCUCGCGGUCAAGCCUACGAAUAUUCAUGACAGAUCGGGCAUUUUCAUGGGCAGCCCAGAGGAGAUGGAUAAAGUGCUCGAGGCACACAAGUAGGACAUAAGGGGUUGGCACACAAGUAGGACAUAAGGGGGUGGACCGGUUGCUGUGACGAAGGUGACCAGAGAAAAGGCAAGGCAUGGAGGGACGAACAAUCUGGAGUGAAGCUUCACGAGCAAAUAUUUGAAAACAGUUUGACACGCCAUGUGAACAUGAAUAAAGAAGGGAAUGGAUAGGCUAGGUCUACGAUGUAUGGAUUUGUGGUCCCAUGAAAUUGUGAAUAAGUCAUGUUGAUAUCACGAAUUCUCAUCUAUUGGUUCAAUCUCAUUCAUCUAUAUCCCACACGCAUUAGAUUGUGUGUUGG